AUGCGCUUCCUCAGCACAGUGGUCCUCUUGGCGACAUCUUUCACAACUACAGUCAUAGCAGCAUCCGCACAGGCGCAAUUAGAAGCCAUACUCCCGACAUGUGCGCUGAAAUGCAUGGCUUCGUCACUGACGCAGACAUCCUGCGCAGCCACAGACCAGGCUUGUCUAUGUCUAGAUGCGACAUAUACCGCAAUUCUUGAGGAAUGUGUGCUUACCAGCUGCACUAUUCGACAAUCUUUGACAACGAAAAAUGUCACGGAAACAGCAUGCGGGGCUCCUAUCCGAGAUCGAACAAACGUUGUCUUUUAUACUGGCAUCGUUGGCGGUGUAAUUGCUUUCGUCGUCUUUGUUCUUCGAAUGAUUGCUCGACUGCGAUGCUGUGGCGGAAUGUUUGGCUGGGAUGACUGGACUAUGAUGUUGACAAUGUGCUUGGUUCUUCCACUCUCGGCUCUUUCUGGCGUCUUGGCCAACACAGGCUUAGGGAGAGACAUGUGGACGCUUCCCUUCGAAAAUAUCACACGAAUUCUCUACAUCUACUUCUGGGAUGAGUUAAUCUAUCUCAGUGUCCUACCUAUGACCAAAAUUUCGAUUUGCUGUUUCUACCUCCGAAUCUUCCCCGACCGACAAUUUCGACGGUUAACAUAUUUUGUUAUUGGGCUGAACGUAUCAUACUUGAUUGCCUUUGUCUUGAUCUCCGUGUUUCAAUGCUUACCACUGCCUGGCGCAUGGCUUCACUGGGAUGGAGAGGGAAAUUAUAAGUGCAACCACAUUAAUGCACAAGGAUGGUCGGCGGCUGCUAUAAACAUGAUCCUUGAUAUCAUAGUCAUGGCCCUUCCAUUGCGUCAACUCUAUCAUCUGAAUCUUUCAGUGAAGAAGAAGGCGUAUGUGAUGUGCAUGUUUGGCCUGGGUCUCUUUGUCACUCUGGUCAGUAUUCUACGACUGAAGUCGCUCAUUAACUUUGCUUCAACCACUGACUUGACAUGGGAUUACGUGACUAUUGGAUACUGGAGCACCGUUGAAUGUGACGUUGGUGUUAUCUGCGCAUGCUUACCGGCAAUUCGAUCCUUGCUUCGCCGUGUAUCUCCAAGAUUCUUUGGCGACACCGAACCUGCCAAAUCGUAUGGCUUGAACUCUAACUCUCGAGGCACUGGAUCUCGGUUUGAUGGGCCGAUCUAUGUUCACCACGACAUUCAUGUCAAGAGCAAUGAUCACCAAUUCUAUCCCCUAGGUGAUAUGUCAAACUCCAGUGAAGCACGGCUCGCCGACAAAGUAUAG